CCCUCCCCGUCACAAGGCCCCGCUGCGUCUCCGCCAGCGCAGGCCCAACGGAGCCGGCCGCCCGCGGGUGCAGGUGCGGACGCACCGGCCAUCACCGCGCGGCGCGCAGCGGACUCGGGGCGCAUCGGCCUGCGGCGCCCCGGAGCGGGGCCGCCUGCGGAACUUGAGGCCAUGUCCCAUGAAAAGAGUUUUUUGGUGUCUGGGGACAACUACCCUCCCCCCAACCCUGGAUAUCCGGGGGGGCCCCAGCCUCCUAUGCACCCCUAUCCGCCCUACCCUGGCACCCCCUACCCGCAGGCCCCUUUCCAGCCCUCCCCCUAUGGUCAGCCAGGGUACCCUCAUGGCCCCGCCGCCUAUCCUCAAGGGGGCUACCCUCAGGGCCCCUACCCCCAAGGGGGUUACCCUCAGGGCCCCUACCCCCAAGGGGGUUACCCCCAGGGGCCCUACCCCCAGAGCCCCUUCCCUCCCAACCCUUAUGGACAGCCACAGCCCUUCCCGGGCCAGGAUCCUGACUCGCCACAGCAUGGGAACUAUCAGGAGGAGGGACCCCCCUCCUACUACGACAACCAAGACUUCCCCGCCACCAACUGGGACGACAAGAGCAUCCGGCAGGCCUUCAUCCGCAAGGUGUUCCUGGUGCUGACCGUGCAGCUGACGGUGACCCUGUCCACCGUGGCCGUGUUCACCUUCGUCAAGGAGGUGAAGGGCUUUGUCCGGGACAAUGUGUGGACCUACUACGUCUCCUACGCCAUCUUCUUCAUCUCCCUCAUCGUCCUCAGCUGCUGUGGGGAAUUCCGGCGAAAGCACCCCUGGAAUCUUGUUGCACUGUCCAUUCUGACCGUCAGCCUGUCCUACAUGGUGGGGAUGAUUGCCAGCUUCUACAACACCGAGGCGGUCAUCAUGGCCGUGGGCAUCACCACAGCCGUCUGUUUCACGGUGGUCAUCUUCUCCAUGCAGACGCGCUAUGACUUCACCUCGUGCAUGGGCGUGCUCCUGGUGAGCAUCGUGGUGCUCUUCAUCUUCGCCAUCCUCUGCAUCUUCAUCCGGAACCGCAUCCUGGAGAUCGUGUACGCCUCGCUGGGCGCCUUGCUCUUCACUUGCUUCCUGGCAGUGGAUACCCAGCUGCUGCUGGGUAACAAGCAGCUGUCCCUGAGCCCGGAGGAGUACGUGUUCGCGGCACUGAACCUGUACACGGACAUCAUCAACAUCUUCCUGUACAUCCUUACCAUCAUUGGCCGUGCCAAGGAGUAGCCCAGCCCCUCGGCGGGCAUGGUGGCCUGGACCCCGCCCCUGACAUGACGAUGCCAUCUGUAUUUUCUUCUCUCUGUUCCCCAGGCACAGCCUGGGCAGACAGAGCCCCUGUGACCCUUGUGUGUGUGCACUGCAGACAUCCAUCCACGCGUGGACCGCUACGGCCACGGCGUGUCCUUCGGCCCGCCUUCCCUGGCCACGGGGCAGGGGGCCGCGUCUCUGUGCCAUCUUCUGUCCACCCACUGUUGCAUGAGCCCUGUCAGCCCACCCCAGGGGCAACACCAGGUCCCGGGGGAGAGAGCCACGCGGUGAGGGUGCACGUCUUUCCUCCUGUCCCAGCCCCCAGCCUGGCCUAGAUACCCUUUCCCGCCCCACCCUGGAGCACUGCCCUCUGGGGACUUGCAGGGUGGGGUCUCCUGUGCUGAGCCCUGAGAGCAGAGGCUGGCGUGUUUCAGGGAGAAGGAAGCCUGCCUUUCAUGCUGCUGUCAUUAAUAUUCCAAUAAAUGGUACCUUCUGCUCUCUGCU